UAUUAAACGCCGGGCCGGAGUCGGAUUCCAACACCCUCGCACAGUCUUUCUCGGCCGGCCCAACUCGGCAUUUCAGCUUAGCCUCCAGUUUCUGGCUUCACGGCACACUUCUAUUCCCCUCCGCCGGUUGGCAAUCACUGAAGAAUGAACAAGGGAGGAUCAGGCGGCGCUGGAGGAGCGGGAAGCGGCCCGACGGCUGCGGCCGCGGCAGCUGCGGCACAGAAGCAGAAAGCAUUGAUGCAGAGGUUGGAGACCGAUAUUGCCAACAUCGUCGACAAUUUCACCCACCUCGUCAACGUUGCCAGGGUCAAUGAACCGCCGGUGAGGAAUUCGCAGGAAGCCUUCAUGAUGGAAAUGCGUGCUUCCAGAAUGGUUCAGGCAGCCGAUUCGCUACUUAAGUUAGUAUCCGAGUUAAAACAGUCUGCCAUUUUCUCGGGCUUUGCAUCGCUUAACGAUCAUGUGGACCAAAGAAUAGCCGAGUUCAACCAACAGGCAGAGAAAACUGAUAACAUGUUAGCCAGAAUUGCAGAGGAGGCUGCUGCUAGCCUCAAGGAGCUCGAAUCUCAUUACUACUCUUCCUCACAGAGAACAAAUCAAAACUUGGAGCCUUGAACUCAGGGUAGCUCAUCAAACUAGUGUACCAUGCUGAAACAUUUUAUGCUCCAGGAUCUCUAGAUUUUACUGUUUAGAUUCUGUAACUGUAAUCCACAUUUGGCAGUGCGCAAUGAAAAAGUCUCGCCCUCUCGACCGCCUGCAUGCUUCUUAUCUAAUAAGAUGCACAUGAUCUGCAUGAUCUCAAUCCAACAACAAUGUAAUCAUUUUCGUUAGACAUCGCAUGAUUGCAUCGUUUGGAUAAUGGAUCAAAGGAGGAAUUGUUUGGG